AUUUAAUAGCACUCACAACUCUAGAGCAACAAAAGAAAGAUGGAGGACAAAGUGAUUCUAUUGGAUUUCUGGUCAAGCUCUUAUGCAAUGAGGGUGAGGAUUGCCCUAGAAGAGAAAGGGAUCCAAUAUGAGGCCAGGGAACAGAACUUGGUAGAUAAGAGCCCUCUGCUUGUGGAUAUGAACCCAAUUCACAAGAUGAUUCCUGUCCUUAUUCAUAAUGGGAAACCCACUUGCGAGUCUCUUGUCAUUGUCGAGUACAUCGACCAGGUAUGGAAUGAUAGAUCUCCUCUGCUCCCUUCAGAUCCUUAUCAACGAUCACAAGCGAGGUUUUGGGCUGAUUACAUUGACAAGAAGAUUUAUACUAAUGGGAAGAAGCUAUGGAGGGAGAAAGGAGAAAAGCAAGAGGAAGUAAAGAGGGAGUUCAUAGCAGGGUUGAGGGCCUUGGAAGGAGAACUUGGAGAGAAGGUUUACUUUGGUGGUGAAAGAAUUGGAUUUGUGGAUGUGGCACUUGUUCCAAUUUCCAGCUGGUUUUACUCUUUUGAGAAAUGUGGAAAUUUUAGCAUAGAGAAGGAAUGCCCAAAGAUAGUUGCAUGGGUGAAGAGGUGCAUGCAAAAGAAGAGCGUCUCUAAGUCACUUCCUGACCCUCAAAAAAUUUAUGGCUAUGUUUUGCAGCUCAAGCAGAAACUUGGGAUUGACUAAACUUUUGUGAAAUCAUAUUAGCCAAUGGUGUGUUUGAAAUAUGGGGUGGAUAUAUAUAUGGUUUGGUUUGAUUAUUGGAAAUAACUAAAAUAAACUGUACUUUGAUUUUUCUUUUCUCUAAUGAUUAGAAUCGUUUCUGGAUUCAA